AUCAAGUUGUCGUUAGGAAACACAAAAAGAGAGUUGCAAGGCAAUAGAGUUGAUAAGCCUCCUAUCUAGAAGUUAACUAGUUAUCGCCAUGGCUUCAUUACAUAACUUGAAGACUUUGGCCAUUGUUGCUCUUGCAUUUGCCUCCUUGGUGCAAGUCACCCUAGGGGACAUUGCGUGCGAGAACUUAAAUGAAGAUUCUUGUGCAUUUGCAAUAUCAAGCACAGGGAAUCGUUGCGUGCUAGAGAAGCAUCUGCGAAGGAGCGGUGAAGAAGUAUACACAUGCCGAGCAUCAGAAAUCGAAGCUGAUAAGCUCAACGAUUGGAUCGAAACUGAUGAAUGCAUUGAGGCAUGUGGCGUCGAUAGAAACGCCCUCGGCAUUUCUUCGGACGCUCUGCUCGAGUCUCGCUUUACCAACAAGUUAUGUUCCUCUGCCUGCUACAAGCACUGCCCCAACAUUAUUGACCUCUACUUCAAUCUUGCUGCUGGUGAAGGUGUAUAUCUGCCCAAGCUGUGUGCAGAGAAAAAGGGACAUGGACGCCGUGAAAUGGCUGAGAUCAGAAGCUCGGGAUUUGUCGCACCAGCACCGGAAUCAGAUGUCAAGCCCCUCAAUUUCAUGAUUGCUCCUGCAAUGCCUCCUUUCUAAAUUCACUAAAGUUUUUGCAUUAAACUUAGCAUUAUAAGUAUACAAUAGCUUUUAGCUACUACUAGUACUAAAAUAAGGACUCUGGGUUGACCCAGUUAAUAGGAUAGAUUUGUAUCGUUGUGUGUUUUGUUACAUUUCACAAUACUGGUGGAGAAAUGCCUCAGAGAUCUACAAUGCAUUCCCCCUGCUCGGCCUAUUUCCCUGUUAUCUUAUAAUAGAGUAUUGAUGUGUUUUAUUAGCAAUGGGGUACUUCAUUGGUUCUGUACUUCUGUUUUUAUUUCCAUUAGAGCAAAAAUUCGAUCUUGCUGCUUUAUUAUAGUGGAAGCAAAAUUUUAUUAAAAACCUAAUGAGCCUUUUGCACCUUCAA